CUAGCCAAAACGAAAACAUUAAACAAACAAGAAGUAAAUUAUAAAGUGGUCGAGAGAAUUCUUGGCCUAUUCUAACCCUGAAAGUUUAAAUGUCUUUAAGGUUAUUUUAAUUUCUUGGACUUGGACGUAUUAACCUUUUUGGAGAGACUUCUUAAUAUUAAAGGAUGGAGUUGACAAAUAAAAUCAUAAACUUUUUCACUAAACUUACUUUCCGCAGUAUUCCAAAGCCACCUUACAACCACAUUGUACAGUUAGGAGAUCCCGUGUUAAGACACAAAUGUAAAGCCGUAGAGAAAGGUGAUCUACAGAGCAAAGAGUUCAAAGAGCUGCUGCACAAGCUGAGGAAGGCAGUGAGGAGGUACAAGUGUGCGGGACUGUCUGCUCCUCAGCUAGGAAUCAACAUGAGAGUCAUGGCGUUCACUUGUCCCUCAGAGAGUGACUACUAUGGAACAAGUCAGGAAUACCACCUCAAACAGAUGCAGCCGUAUCCUUACACUGUAUGGAUAAAUCCCACUUUGAAGGUGUUGGAUUACUCCAAGGUUACGUUUCCUGAGGGGUGUGAAAGUAUGAGAGGUUACUCAGCUGAAGUGGCUCGAUACACGAGGGUUCAGCUGUCAGGAUGGGACGAGGAGGGGCGGGACAGGCAACAGGAGUUGUCGGGUUGGCUGGCUCGUAUUGCUCAACAUGAGAUGGACCAUCUGGAUGGCAAGUUAUACCUAGACACUGCGCAACUCUCUACACUAAUAUGUGCCUUCUGGAAUAGAGUGAACCAGACGGGUGGCAAGGUCCAUCUGUCUUACUAUCCUAAUAAGAUAUUAUCCAAAGGUUAAUUAUGUAACAGUUACAUUAUGUGUGAAAUAUAGGUCUAUUAAGAGA